AUGAGUGUGGUGGGUGAUAUUACAUUUAAUUUUGCCGUUUCGUUUUGUCGGGGUGAGUUCGGGCCAAGCUCACAGCAGCAAAAGAAAAGUUGGGGAGAGAAAUUCGUGUUUUUGAAACGUCAGCUGCUUCUUCUUGGCAAACUGAAGAGUCUAUUACUGGUUCUUAAAACACGAAAGCUUAAAGAGGCAGCACAGGCAGAUGAUGCUUCAGAUGCUAAGUCAGGUCCCUUCCUUCAGGAAGAGAUCAUGUCUUUGAAACGUUUGAAACUCCUCACUAAGCAUGCAGAGCCUGUUGAGUCUGCACCAGAAACGAUACCAGAGGCAUCACCUCCUGUCAAAGUGGCUGAAACUGGGAGAGGAUCUGAAUGGCAAAGAAAAACGUAUGGGGAAGAAGGGAUUUGGAUGCUCUACACCCUACAAAAUUUAAUCGAGCGGGUCGAGUCAUUUGGUGCUCUUUCUUUAUGCACCAAGCUCUCAGAGCUUCACAUCAAAGCUCCUGAACAUAGCUUUGCCUACACGAAGAAAACUAUCGAACGAGCGUUUGGCCGCAAGCUCCAGGAGAUUUUUGAUAAUUUUGAAGAGAAACCAGUAGCAUCUAGAAGUAUUGCUCAAGGGCAUGGUGCUGGUCAACAGGUGAAGCCCAUAGUAGUUGCAACAAAGCAAGUGGAGGAGGCAUUCGCUUUCUGGGGGACUCCAGAAGGUGAUCUGGUCCAUCCUGCUGAGUGUAUGCAGCAGUUACUGGAGAAAGGCAUCAUAGAGUCAAUGUCUGGAUGGCAGCGGAAACUUGAUCCCGGUUACAAUGUGAUGCAAACACUGCUUCUCAAAGCUAACUGA